AUCUAUCGGGGAAACAGUGUUCCCACGAUUACCGUCAUGCAAUCAAAUAUUACAAUUCAUAAUAGAUUGGGUUGUAAUUAAAACCAUUUUUCGAGUUCCAUGUCAAAUGAGUUAACCCAUGAGCCCCCAUGGCGGCCCCCUCUUUGACCGCGACCCUCAUUGCCAGAAGUGGCACGGUAGUGGUACACACGAGCAAACAAAAUCAACCGGCACGACGUCAUCACGUGUGACGAGUAGCAUCGGCAAAAAUUGGAUCGCGGCCAUAUCCUUGGCGGCAGAGGCGACAUCCCCUGUCAGUAGCCCGUCCAGUGACCCUGCAGCAAUGACUUUAGCCGUCAACGAAACCCUUGCCUCUUAUGCCCUUUUUGUGAAACAGUGGGACCAAGAAGGGCAGCAUGACCCAACGAAAACGGAUUCUCUCAACGGUGGGAAGAUAGUGGCAUAGUAGCGGCAGCAUGACCCAUCCACAACAGUGCCAGCCCUCCCUCCUCUUAACCAGAAAUGACCAUAACAUUAGUCUUCCCUCCCGGUACUGUCUGUGAUCCAUGGAUCUCCGAUCGGGAAACCGUAUCCAAGCUCCGUGGCUAGUCUGCGCUCUUUGGACUUUUCAAACUUAGCGAACUGAAACAUCUUAGUAGCUAAAGGAAGGGAAAUCAACCGAGACCCCGUGAGUAGCGGCGAGCGAGAGCGGAUUGGGGGUUUGAAGAAAAACAAACACGAAGCUUCGUGUUCACUUCUUUUUCGCCAGGUUUCAUUCGAUUGGAUGAUGGAAAAACCAGCAAGCUACGGCUUCAAACGAAUCAAUCGUAACGAGAGAUAUAUAAAACUAUGNGUCUGUGAUCCAUGGAUCUCCGAUCGGGAAACCGUAUCCAAGCUCCGUGGCUAGUCUGCGCUCUUUGGACUUUUCAAACUUAGCGAACUGAAACAUCUUAGUAGCUAAAGGAAGGGAAAUCAACCGAGACCCCGUGAGUAGCGGCGAGCGAGAGCGGAUUGGGGGUUUGAAGAAAAACAAACACGAAGCUUCGUGUUCACUUCUUUUUCGCCAGGUUUCAUUCGAUUGGAUGAUGGAAAAACCAGCAAGCUACGGCUUCAAACGAAUCAAUCGUAACGAGAGAUAUAUAAAACUAUGACUCACCUUGAAUAAAUUGAAGAAUCAUAAACUAAUCGACGUAGAAAUCCUUUGGUAAAGCUUGCUCUAGCGAUUAACGUUUUCUC